AUGGCGAUGUUAUUUCCCCAGCCCAAGAAAAGCCUGCUUCCUCUCCUUCUCUUUCUCUUCUGUAUCUCCGUCAUCAUUCUCCUCGUUCUCGUCUCCGAGACAACCCACCCCGUCGCUGAACGAGGAACUACUUUCCGGCGGAAUUACGACAAUGUCCCUCCUUUCACUUUCCUCAUCAAGGUCCUCACCUUCAACCGUCUCCACUCUCUCUCCCGCUGUCUCCGAUCUCUCGCCGCCGCGGACUACGGCGCUACCGGCGACAGAGGACGCGUCCACCUCCACGUCUACGUCGACCACUUCUCACUCGCCCGGAAAAACAAACCGGUGGAAGAUAGCCUGAAGAGCACGAAGGAGAUCCUCGAUUUCGUGGACGGAUUCGAGUGGAGAUUUGGGGAGAAAGUGGUUCACUACCGGACCGACAACGCCGGAUUGCAGGGGCAAUGGCUUGAGGCUUGGUGGCCGAGCUCAGAUCACGAAUUCGCGUUCGUCGUUGAAGACGACCUCGAGGUUUCUCCUCUUUACUACGGGUUUCUGGAACGCGUGAUUCAUAAUUACUACUACGAUACUUCCAAUUUCAAUCCUUCCAUCUAUGGAGCUUCCCUUCAGCGACCAAGGUUUGUUCCAGGUAAACAUGGGAAUAAGGUGCAUGUAGAUCCCAAAACGAAUGUUUUCUUAUAUCAGUUGGUGGGAACUUGGGGACAGCUUCUCUUCCCAAAACCGUGGAAAGAGUUCAGGCUAUGGUACGACGAGCACAAAUCCAAGGGCAAGAAGCCUUUCCUUGAUGGCAUGGUGACGAAUGGAUGGUAUAAGAGGAUAGGAGAACGAAUAUGGACACCUUGGUUCAUAAAGUUUAUUCACUCUCGUGGCUAUUUUAACAUCUACACCAAUUUCCCAAACGAGGGGGCUUUAAGUGUCUCUUACAGGGAUGCUGGUGUUAACUAUGGGAAAACUGCUGGGCCAGAUUCGAAGCUGCUGAAUGAAAGUUCUGUCACUCCUGAUUUUUUGAAACUCCAACCUUUGAGAAACCUCAAGUGGUACGACUACUGUUUCAGUGAAGUUGUUCCCGGUAGAGUUGUGAGAGACCUGAAUGAACUUGGCACCGUUCUUCCUUCUGUGCAGAGAGAGAAGACCGUAUUUCUUGUCAGUCUAUUUGAUGCGAACAAGAUGUUAAUCAGCAACUUACUCUGCCAUUUCGAGAAGAUUAAUACUCGAAACUACAUCUUCAUUGGCCCUGGCUCUGAGUUUCUAUUUGAUCUCUCAAGAAGGGGACAUCCUGUGAUUGAUGCAGAUGUUUUUCUCGACACGUUGGUAAAAAGCAAAACUUCUUACCCAAACUCAGUGAAGGAGGCUUUGGGCAAUGCUUACGUUGUUAAGAAAUGCUUAGAGCUUGGAUACAGCACCUGGGUAUUUUCAAGUAAUGCGCUUUUGGUGGAUAAAGGUCAACUCCUUGGCAGAAUCAGCCCAGAGGAUGACUUCUAUGUUGGAGAAAGCUCUGAGAUUUUGGUUGUUCAAUCUUCAUCGAACACUCAAAAGCUAUGGAGCAACGAGUUUCUUCACAGCAUCGCAUCCACAGGAACUAAGACUCCAUCCCUAAAGCCAAGUGUGGAUUUUAUUCAGCUAGUGAAAGAGCUUGUGGAGCGAAAUGGCAAGAAGAUUAAUAAUGUAGAGAUGAUGGGUAUUGCAGAGAAUGUCGAUGCCAAAAGCUUAAACCAAUCGUUGGGAGAUGGCAAACCGGUGGUGUAUUGGUCACCUGAGGUUGGUUCAGGUAUCAUUCGGAUGAAGCUUGAAAAGUUGAACUUGUGGCUCAUUAAUGAUGAUCUCUCUUGCAGGGCUGUGAUUUGUCAUAGCUCAUUUUCCUAA